GACCUGCCGGACGAAGUUGAUGUUAUGACGAAUAGGCCAGAAUUAAAUCUGACCGUCCUUGCCUGAAAUCGGCCAAGAUAGAGCAGGCUUCAGAUCACGAUGAGCUUGUCUGCGAUGGCGGGCUCCCGGCAGAAGUUGUCGUCAGUUCUGGGCCGUGCUGUGAGCCCGUGGCGGGCGGAGGGAGUCAGCGGCAGGGGCCUGGCACUGGGCGGGUCUGGUGGUCACCUGGUCCGGCCGAGGACAGGUCCCUCCGUGGUACAGACGUACAGCACUGCCACAGUCAGUUCUACCAGUCCUGCUGAGGACCACAGCCAGGCCAGGCCUUUCUCAGACAUACCCAGUCCUCCAUCUGUGCCUUUCUUUGGAAAUCUCUUUCACCUGUGGCGGGAGGGACUCUUGUCGAAAGACAAGAUCAAGAAAAAUCACAUCUUGAUGUUUUCAAACAUGUUCAAUCAGUACGGUCCAAUUUUCAGAUGGAAGAUGCUGAAUGUUGAGAUGGUGUGUAUCAAGGACCCAGUAGCAGUUCAGGAGCUGUUUAAGAAAGAAGGGAAGUACCCAGCACGUAUCGACAUCAAACCCUGGAGAAGGUACCGAGAAAUCUCAGGCAAGGCCACCGGAGUGUUUCUCAGUGAUGGUAAAGAGUGGCAGAAAACCAGGACGAUAAUGGCACGACCCAUGUUACGUCCGAAACACGUGUCUACGUACGUCAGAAACUUGGACAUGGUGUCGUCUGACAUGAGCGAGCGGCUUCGGGUACUCCAGGCAAGGGCUGAUGGGAUAGAAGUGCCGGACAUAAGCGAUGAGCUGUUCAAAUGGGCUCUAGAAUCCAUCUGUACUAUCCUGUUUAAUGAGCGGAUGGGAUAUCUGCAAGACAACAUUCCUCAAAAUGCACAGGACUUCAUCCAGGCCAUGCACACUAUCUUCCUAACGACGAACGCCCUCUUGGUUCCUGACGCUGAUGUCCACCGCUUUCUGAGAACCAAACCCUGGAGACAGUCAAUGGAGGCGUGGGACACGGUUUUCCGUGUUGGUGAGCAGGUGAUGGACCGACAGUUACAGGAAGCUCUGGAGCGGGAGGAGAGGGGAGAGGAGGACGAGGAUCAGCCCAACUUCCUGGCCUUCAUCAGCAGCACGGGGAGGCUGAGCAAGGACGAGAUUUACUCCAACACCAUCGAGCUCAUGGGAGCCGCCAUCGACACGACCUCCACCACUCUCCUGUGGACGCUGUAUGAACUGUCACGUCGGCCUGAACUCCAGGACAGACUGCACCAGGAGGUCACACAGGUCAUAGGUCAGGACAAGGUCAUGACCUGGGAUGACCUGAAGGACCUGCACCUGCUGAAGGCUGUCAUUAAGGAGUCACUCAGGAUGUAUCCUGUGGCCCCGGCCAUCAGUCGUGUCCUGCAGGAAGACACAGUGAUCAUGGGAUACAAGUUACCUGCAAAGACGUGUGUUGCUGCCCAAGUGUACGCCAUGGGGCGGGAUCCACACCUGUUUCCUGAUCCUGACCAGUUCAAACCUGAGCGAUGGCUGAGAACAGGAGAGGCUCAUGACGACAUCAACCCCUACAGCUCACUGCCGUUUGGCUUCGGACCUCGCAGCUGUAUUGGUCGACGUGUAGCAGAGGUUGAGCUGCAGCUCUUUCUAGCAAAGAUGUCCCAGCAGUUUGUAGUAAGUCAGGUGGAGCCAGAAGAGGUUUCAUCAGUUGCACAGCCCAUACUGAUGCCAGAAACACCGCUGCACCUUAGGUUUGUGGACAGGAAGUAAGAGUGGCCUCUACAUGUAUGCUGGGACCUUUAUAAAUUGAGAGUGGACUUUCACACUGCAAUUAUUGCUGGCAAGAUAGGUGGCGCUGCACAGUUUCUGUUGAGAACUUUUCUUUGGCCUUUUGGGACAGUUUGUUUAACCAUUGGUGUAUUUUAUUCCAUUCACUUUUUAUUAUCAAAUAGAUUUAUCAAAAAUAUCCAAGACAUUUUACAAUUGCACAGAUGCACAUUAGACAACAUCUGUGUGUGACCUGUUUUAACUUUUCAAGAGCUACAUGUAAUUGUUAUACAAGUUCUUGUUUUAUUUGGAAGGUACUAAGAUGAUGAUGAUAUUACAGACGAUGGUAAUCAAAGAUUUUAUACACUUAUGACUUUCAAUGAUGAUAGAAAGGAUACAAUGGGCUGGUGACCAUAUUUUUAAAGGUGAUGUAUUUUUGUAAUCCAUACAAGUGACUGAAUAGUGUGAUAUAGUUUGGUACAUCAGACUUCGAUAU